AUGGAGGCUGUGGUGAAUCACUGUGCCUUUUCUCGCGAUGGCUACCUCCUAAUAACAGCUUCAGAUGACUGUAAUGCUUGUAUCUGGGACAUUGGAAGUGCAAAUCGUCUAGUUAAAGCAAAAGGCCACAAAGCAUACGGCUACAGAGUAUGCACAACCGACGUUCUGAGUGUUGUUUCUACUCCCACAGGCCCAGUGAAGGCUUGUGCAUUCUCUGCUGACUCCACUCUCUUCGCCAGUGGGUCCACCGAUUGCACUGUCAGGGUGUGGAACACGGCAAAAGCCCACUGUCUGCAUGUUCUAGAAGGGCACAGCAAGAGUGUGGAGACUGUGGGCUUCAGUGACGAUUCACAGCUACUUGGAUCUGCAGGCUGGGACUACACAGUUAUCCUGUGGGACCCAAGGGCCACUGGAUCCUGGGAUUUUAAAGUGAUCAUCUGGAGUUUACAAAGCAUGCAACGAGUGAUUUUACACGGUCACACAGGCAACGUGAGCUGUGUUGCCUUUUCUAGCAUUGGAAUGCUGGCCUCAGGCUCCUGGGAUAAGACCGUCCGUGUGUGGGAUUCAAGGAGUGGGAUCCUGAUCUUUCUCCUGGAGCACCACAGUGGCCACCUCAUGGCCCUCUCCUUCUCUCUGGAUGCAAUUCUACUGGUGACAGCAGCAGAAGAUGGAAUGGUUCGUGUGUGGGAUUGUGAAGAUGGAAAAUGCAAGAGGAUCCUGGAGGGGAUAAUGGACAAUGUCACUAGUUGCCAAUUUUCUUCUUUUGAGACCAUUCUGAUUGCAGGAACGUGUGACUAG